AUGACUAAGGUUUCAGCUAGUUCACUCAUUGAAUCAGCUACAGAAUCAAACAGAGUGUCAUCUACAUCUACAAACAUGAUGUCAUUUUCAGCGUCAAUCGAUGAAUCUCUAGAUUUCUACUGUAUCUCUGAAAAGUAUGGGAAAAGAUUAUACAAUAUCCUUGGCAUCAGUCGGGAUGCUAGUGAAGCUGAAAUCAAGAAAGCUUAUCGUAAGCAGGCACUCAAAUACCAUCCUGAUAAGAACCAAUCUCCUGACGCUGAAAAAUUCAAAGAUAUUGCAGAGGCUUAUGAAGUACUGAGUGAUCCAAAAAAGAAGAAUAUUUAUGACCAGUUUGGAGAAGAAGGACUAAAAGGACAGCCAAUGUCUGGUUUCUCCUCUGGUGGUACCUAUGCUGGCUUCACAGAUCCUUACGAAAUCUUCCAGUCAUUCUUUGGAGGUAAUGAUCCAUUUGGUGGAGCUGGUGGAUUUAUCAAAAGGAAGGAUCCACCAAUUGAGAGAAAUUUAAAUGUCACUUUACAAGAACUAUAUCACGGUUGUGUUAAGAAGUUGAGAAUCACUCGUCAAGUUCUCAAUCCAGAUGGAACAUCAUCUCCACAUGAUAAAGUAGUAACUAUUAAUGUUAAACCUGGCUGGAAAGAAGGAACAAAGAUCACAUUUCCUGAGGAAGGUGACCAAUUUCCUGGUAGAAUCCCAGCUGAUAUUGUGUUUAUCAUCAGACAAAAACCAGAUCCUGCAUUCCGUCGUGAUGGUAACAACCGCUAUACAGCAUCAAUAUCUUUAAGAGAAGCUCUCUGUGGUACAACACUUCAUAUACCAACACUGGAUGAAGAAGUUAUCGCAUAUCCAGUUCAGAACAUUGUCAAUCCUAAGACUGAAAUCAGACUAGCAAAUCAUGGAAUGCCAAAUUCAAAGUUGCCAAGUACUCAAGGUGACUUAAUUGUAGACUUUGAUAUUAUAUUUCCAACUAACUUAGCUUCUAUAAAUAAAGAACUAUUAUAUUCAUGCCGUUUCAAAUGUUAUAAUGCUCUCACUAACAGAGAAAAUGAGAUCAAAGAGCAAGGAGAAGCUGUCAAGGAGGAAAUACGUACAAUGGUAGAACAAGUGAUUGAUCUUCUUCACCAGACUAAGAGACAGUUGAUUCGAGAGGUGGACACAGUCAUUGGUAGCAAACUACAGCAGUUAUCUCAACAAAAGGAAAUGGCAGAAAAACAUCCCUACAUGAGCUAA